AUGGCACCGACCAUUCCGACGUCCGCCAACAGCGGCAUGUUCCAUACGUAUCCCAAAGUCCAAGGAGUUACGCCACGGAAGCCAUCGUCAGACUCUGCGGAUGGCGGAAGGGCAAACGGCAACACAGGAAGUAAACGUAUCACGACACCUCAUGCCUGUGCCGAGUGUAAGAGGCGGAAGAUUCGAUGUGAUGGUCAGCAGCCAUGUGGACAAUGCCUCUCCAGCCGAGCUCCAAAGAGAUGCUUCUACGACAAGCACCGCCAAAGGGUCAUCCCGUCGAGAAAGCGACUGACCACAAACAGAACCCUGGAAGCUCUAUCACAACAAUUGGAAGAGUGCCGCUCCAUCGUGAAAAAGCUUUUCCCUACUGACGAGAUUUCAUCCCUUCAACCCCUUUCUCGACAAGAGCUUCUUGCUUUGUUGGACCGGCCAGUGAUCAACAACCCCAACGGCCUCCCUUCGCCACCCCCCAACACUUCUCCUAUAGGCCCGGAGCCGAGCUUGUGCAACGUUUCCGAGUCCACCAUUUCCCCCAUUGACCAAGUCCCUACGCAGGGCAUUGAGUGGGAAGAUGAUGAGUCGAGCAGAGUAUCCAUCGCUUCCGAAGUUGAUGAUCCCAGCGUCUUGUCUAUGGACCGACAAGCAUCCUACUUGGGCGCGUCUUCCAUCAAGGCCGCCUUGAUGGUGAUGCUCAAGGUACAGCCACAGCUUCGACACUCCCUGGCACCUCCCCUGAACAGCGUCGAGAUGGCCAACAACUUCCCAGUCAUCCGACAGCCACCCGCCGCUCCCAAAGAUUCGUCCCGGAUCCCCUGGUCAUGGAAAGGGCAGACUCUCAUCGAUGCGUACUUCAAGCGAAUCCAUGUCUUCAUCCCUAUGCUCGACGAGGCUGCAUUCCGAACGGAUUAUUUGGAAGGCCAGCGCUGUGAUGCUUCGUGGCUCGCAUUGUUGAACAUGGUCUUCGCCAUGGGAAGCAUUGUCGCCAUGAAGUCGGAUGACUUCAACCACAUUAACUACUACAACAGGGCAAUGGAACACGUCACAAUCGACUCUCUCGGGAACAGCCACAUCGAGACUGUACAGGCCUUGAUCAUCAUUGGAGGCUACUAUCUCCACUACAUUAAUAGGCCCAACAUGGCCAACUCUAUUCUCGGGGCGGCAAUCCGCAUGGCAAGCACACUUGGACUCUACCGAGAGUCAAUCACCCAAGGGGCCUGCGAUGUCGCAGCAGCCGAGACUCGACGACGAACCUGGUGGUCUUUGUUCUGCGUCGACACCUGGGCAACAACCACAAUGGGUCGACCUUCGUUCGGACGAUGGGGCCCUGCGAUCAACACCCAGCCACCCGAGUUCAAUGCCAGCCAGCGAGACUCGGCCCACCGCGCAGGUAUCCUUCCCCUAAUCGAGAACAUCAAAUUCUGCAAGAUUGCAACGCAGAUUCAGGACAUGCUUUCCAUCACACCCCUUUUGCGGGCCGACGAUCGAUGCAAUAUGGACAACAAGCUUCUCAACUGGUACAACAAUCUUCCAUGGCUUCUACGCACGACAGACCCUUGCGCGGAGCCCCUUUACAUUGCUCGCUGCAUUAUGAAGUGGCGGUAUCAGAACCUACGCAUGCUGCUGCACCGCCCUGUGCUAUUGGCGAUGGCCAACAACGGCAUGGGCCCACAGAUGGCCGAGCAAGACCUCGCUUCCCUGGAGACGUGCAGAGAGAUGGCCAAGGCUACCGUCGAUGACAUCUCCCGCGAGUGGACUCGCAACCAGAUGUCGGGCUGGAAUGCAGUGACCUUCCUCUACCAGGCCGCCAUGAUUCCCCUGGUCAGCAUCUUCUGGGAGUGGAACAGCAUGCAGGUCCCCGAGUGGCAGAAACAAAUCGAAACAAUUCUGGGGCUGCUAAAAUCCAUGGAGGACUGGUCCCUUGCAGCACGCCGCAGCCACGAAGUAGUCUGGCGAAUGUAUGAAGCGAGCCGCCAGCCCUCAGUCAUGCGGGGGGACAACCAGCUGCAGGUGACGACCGACCCAAACCUCUUGGCUAGCGCCGAUGAGUUUCACCUCUCACCGAUUGGGAUUGACACCGAUGACAUGGUCGGCUUCCUGGACCAGCCUGGCAUCUGGGACCUGGACAGCAACUGCUGGGCCCCGGGCAAUCAAAUUUCAAUGGCUACAAGCAACGGCAUGUGCGAGAUUGACGAGGGCAUGUUGGCCAUUGACUACAGCGCGCUAGGUGGCCAAGAGGCCAUGAUGGAGGGGACGAUGUGGACGCAAUAA